AGACUUGCAGCACAUUUUUAAUUUCUGCGACAGCAGCAGAACCACUAGGUGGCGAUUUGCAAUCAAAGCAAUAGUGUGGGCUUUUUACAUAUCCCACUAAACCAGUAUCCUGAAGUUUGCUGGAGCAAAAUGUGUUCAACGUGUACGAAUUUUCAAAAAAAGACUACGUCACUCGGAUGCUCUGCCUUUCUGAUACUUUUUGCGGUAGCAUUGGGCGUCCUAUGGCCGUCCAUGUCCCAGCAAAUGUUGUACAAUAAACUGGUGCUUAAAAAUGAUUCUUCGACCUACAACAAUUGGAUCAAGACGCCGAUUCCCAUGUACCUGGAGAUUUAUUUCUUCAACUGGACCAACGCGGAUGAGGUAAUAGCGAACCGAACCGUGAAGCCACACGUUGUAGAAAUGGGACCGUACACGUUUGCCGAGCUGCACGAACGCGUUAAACUAGUAUGGAAUGAAAACAACACCGUUACAUAUCAGCAGCGCCGAACGUGGCACUUUGAGCCAGAGCUCUCCAAUGGCACGCUGGACGACAAUGUGACAAAUUUGAAUAUUAUCACGCUGAAUGCCGCACACUUGCUGCGGAACGCAAACGCAGCAACAAAGCUUUUGGUGAACUUAAUACUUGAUGCAGAUGGAGCGUUGUUGUGGAAAAAUAAGCCUGUUCGCCAGUUACUCUUCGACGGCGUGGAUGAUCCGUUGUUGGAUUUACUAAAGACGAUUAACAACACUGACCUAAAUAUACCGUUCGAUAAGUUUGGCUGGUUUGUUGGUCGCAAUCUAAGUGACACAUUCGACGGAACAUUCACGAUGAAGACUGGCAGCGAUGGUCUUGACACCAUGGGUUUUCUAACCCAGUGGAACGGUGCACCACGGACGGGCAUGUACCGGGGGCGCUGUGGUGAGGUUUAUGGAACUUCUGGCGAACUGUGGCCAGCGUUUACCCGCACACCGGAAAACAUAACGCUAUUUCCAUCAGACAUCUGUCGUUCUAUCACGCUGCAAAAAACCGAUACAGUAUCACUGUACAACGUAUUAGGUACGAAAUACACCGCUGACGAUCGUGUGUUUGACAAUGGAGUGAAAUAUCCCGAGACGAGCUGCUGGUGCAAUGCGGAUCCAGUAAAAUGCCCUGAUUUAAAACCGGGGGUUUUCAAUGCUUCGGCUUGCAAAUACGGUUCACCUACGUUUAUUUCGUUUCCACACUUUUAUUUGGCCGAUGAAAGCUAUCAAAACUCGGUAACCGGACUGGACCCGAACAGGACUGAGCACGAGUUUUAUAUGGCAAUUGAACCUUCCACCGGUAUACCGUUAGAUGUUCGUGCACAACUUCAGAUCAACGAACACCUGGAACCGAUAAGUGGGUUUAGUAUUUACAAGCAUGUACCGGAUGUGAUGAUUCCUAUGAUAUGGUUCCGACAGCGCGCCACCCUGACUAGAGAGCUUGCCGAGCAAGCCAAGUUGGCGCUUGCAUUACCAUCGUUAGGCAUCUAUGUAGCUUUCUUCUUUGGAUCGAUCGGGUUUAUCAUGGCGGUCGUGUUUCUGUAUUGCAGUGUUAAGAAAUGGUCCCACGACACCGAACCCGUUCCGUACGAGGAACUACAAAAUUAGGUUUUCUGCCUGUAUGGAUAAGAUAAUAUCGUGCAAAAAGUGCCUUAAUGUGAUAAACAAAUCCGGCAUUCCCAACGAAGAGGAACACCAUGUUAGUGUAAAAUUUAUUAGUUCGUUAGAUUUGCAUUGAUACUCUUCUUUUAAGUACUGGACAUAUGUGAUGUUUGCGUUUUUUUAUUUUAUUUUUUUAUUUGUUUGGUUUGUUUUGUACUAUAAAGAGUUUUCUAGUGCCAAAACUAUGUCGUUCAAUACAAAGCGGAGAUUACGAGUGGUGAAGAAAUUACCAGUACACGUUUUCAAAGAGACUAACGUACACGAUUAUUCCUGAUGCGAGCAAAAUUGCUUAAAUAUGACAUUAAAAGCGUUAACUAAGGACCUUUUUGUGUGAUAAGACAUUUGUUUACCUCGAUGAGAAAGAAAACGAUAACACACUCGCGGAUUAUCGACAACAAAAGAGAUAAUAACGAAACGAAAGAAUUUAUCGAUCCAAAAAUUACACUAAUUCGAGGAAAAUUUUGUAUUUAACCAGCGUA